GUUUGUGUUUUGCGGUGGUCCAGUGAAACGGUAGCCAGCGAUACUUUUCUUUAUGGAUCUUCAGCAGCGGACGAUUCGAGCAGAAAGGAGGAUGAAAAGGUCGGGAUGGUGCAAAUGAGCCUUCCGGUAGCGAUGGAUGAAAAUGGAAGAAUGGAGAGGGGAAUAAAGAGAAUGACGAAAGAAACCGGGAGGGAAGUUAUGUAGUGGUUAGCGUUGGACAGUCGUGGGUGAUUUCUCGGAGAAGAAGAGAUGGGGGAUAUGGUUGCGAGGGGUAAACGCGGAAGAAGGUAGCGGAGGUUGAAGAAAACAACCAAUCAAAUCGGGAGUUAAGGAAGUUAAUAGUCAUCCGCUUGGUGACUCGUCCAGAGAGGGAAAUGGUGAAUGUGGACCCUCUUUCUCUCAAAAGAGAUUCAGACCCUUGCGGAGGAAGCCCUGCGCGGCAUAAGCGUCCUCGGCAUGAGCUGUGAUUGACCUCACGUCCCUCGCCACUGCCGAAACUCGAAGUUCAGCGCGUGGGAGCAGGAGAUCCUCCGAACGACUGCAAUCAGCGGUGCCUACGUGGGUGUUUUUUAGCGCUAUCCUCAGGGUGAUGUACCAGAGCGCGUAUUCUCCCCCCGAUGGAGGUCUGAGUUCUGUGCAGACUCAACGCGGUGUUGAUGUAGUGGAAGGGGGUGGUGGCGGUGGCGGUGCCGAGGGUGGUGGUCGUCCAUGCACAGAUUCUCAUUGUCCGAUCAUGGCGCCUGGUAUCAUCUUAGGAGGACAAAGUGCCGCGGACACGUCCCAUUGCCCUCUCGGCGAUUUCGGGAUGCCCUUUCGUCCCCAAUCACAAUAUGGAUCGGCGACAGCAAGAUUUGGCUCUCCGAAUGGUGUUGGAGGGCUGGGAUUUGGAAGAGAACAGGGGCCUACUACGCCGCCGUCCUCUGAUCUAACAAACGUUGGUGUCAUGCAGGCGAAUCAGUUUAACUUCUCCGUUUGUCAUGGGUUCCCGUCUCGUCGCUUUCCUCCUUCGUCUCCUCGUCCGCUGUCUCCCGUGUCUGUACCGAUGCUGCCUGAGGAUUCCCUUCUAGCUCGUCCUCCUCAGCUUCUUCAAAUCGUUUCGCCACCCCCACGUCCCCCACUUGCUUUGCCGUCAGAUAACGUUUCCCAUCAGAGUUUGGCGCCUCCAACAUCAGGGGAGCUUUCUAGUCGGGUUGGUACGCCGUUGUUGCUUGGACCCGCAACGGCGGGAGAUCGACUGCAGUCGACCGUAUUGUGCCCUCCUAAUCUGACUGUUGGAUUGUCCGAGAAGCCAGUGCAUUCUUUUCAGACAUUUCACGAACGUGCCGGCCAUUCUAGAAGUGAUAGUGGUUGGGUGCCGGGCAUAUUGCCUUCCAACAGACUCCCUCCUUCACACCUGGGCGGUUGUGGUAGCAGAGCCCUCACUGUGCAUUCUUCAGGUGCGCCACUUCCCCCUGCGGAUGCAGAGGUGAGAAAAAACAUAGAAGUAUUGGCACUAUACGUAGCGAAGAACGGACCAGCGUUCGAACAUAGGACGAGGACAGAUCAGGCGGGAAAUCCGAAGUUUCGGUUUUUGUUAGGAGGGGCACCUGGCAGUGUAGAGGCGCAAGCUGCGGAAUACUACAAGUGGAUGAAAAAUGUCAUUGAAGAGCAAGUGAACGCCCGGCCAGUUUUACACGCCUCUUCUCCAUCAGUGUCCCAUAUCCAUCACGAGGAAGAAGCUGUUACUUGUGUGCCAUUACCUUCAUCCCCGUCAACGUCCAAUUCGGAUAUGGAUAUGGAAGACGAUUUCGCUCCUCCUCUCCCACCAGAAGACGGCGCAUCAUCAGACAGUGGGGAUGGAAUUCAUCCACGAGCAUCGCUGCCUUCGUCAGAUCAACCUGUGGACAACGGCUCGUUUUCGCCUGCACGAUACGUCGGUUCUUCAAUCACACCAGUGAGGAAACCACGGACAGCGCAAACCUCAUCGGAGAAGCACGUACUUCCUGUGUAUCGUUCGCCUGUAGUUGAGACCUCCUCAGAGGGAAGAGGCCUUUUGGUUACCUCCUCGCCGGGUCAUGCUUUGGAGACACAUGUUCUUCCAGCGCCCUCUGUGCACGAGGAUGGCGGAGGCUCUUGUCCCUCUCCGGCUUCGGAUCACCCUUCUAGGCAUCAAGUUGCUAAUCCAUCCUUCCAUUCUUCCAAUGUUCUGCCGGGUUUCCCUUCAGCUUCUUUCUCUUCCAUUUUAGCUCCACCUUCCACUCUGCCCUCCCCGCUGUCGUCUACUCCUACUUCCACGCCACCGUCUGCUCCCCAGUCCUCUGUUGUGCGCGGACUACCCGCAAAAGCUGAAGAUAUACGGGAUCCAGCGGCUGAUGAUGGCAACCCUGCUUCGCCGCUGGAGAGACAGGCGAAUGGCGACGACGGAGGUCGCAUCCGUCAUCGCCGACUGGGCGCUCGCACAACUAGCGAGGACGAGAGUAACGGCAUUUCAGGGAGAGAGCUUGAUGCUCAGGAGGUGAACUUCGACGUCAAUGGCAAGGACAACCCCAGGCAAGCGCACGAACCAGCUAGGCAAGAGAGUAUUGUUGAGCACGUGUUGGGUACCGUGGAAGACGAGGAGAAAAAGCCGACUUCCCAGUCAUUUGAAGACCGUGAAGGCCAAAGGACGAUUCAGGAUGAAGACUGUCUGGAGGAGGAUAUGGUGCAGAAGAACCCAGUGAAAAUGGAACAUGGGACGGAAGAGAAGGCCUCGAACGUGAGAGAGUUUUCACCGGAUGACUUUCGGAGAAGACGUCGAGAAGGUCGGAGUGGGGGGGGAUCUGAAAAACCCGUUUUUGACGAUGUAGGAGCUGCUGACAAGGUGCCUUCGCCUGCGGAGAGGACUUCCCUGUUGGGCGAGCCAGGUGGCGCGGUGACAGCGCCAAGUGCUUGUAUAGGAGGGCGUUGCCAAGAGGGUGUGCGAGUAAUGGAGGUUGUUUCUGGAAAUGGUAAUUUUUUGCCAAAUAACGGAGUUUGUAGUGGUAACAUCACAGUAAACGCGGUAGAAGAGAGGGGAGUUCAAGGGGAAGCGAAUGAGGGGGAGCGGAAAGAUGAUAAUAGCCCUAGCGCAAUGGUUUGCGUAGGGGAGAGAUCUGGGGAGCCAGAUGCGGGUGACACGUCGGUACCCCAGGAUGAGUUUGUGGCUGCGUCCCGCCGGGGGAGGGUGCGUGUUGAGAUUGAUAGAGUAAGCUACGGUAAAAAGAGCAGAAAAGCAUCACCGUCAGCCGCCCGUGGGUUGAGCUGGAGCAGGAGCCGAAGUAGGAGUCUUAGUCGCAGCAGAAGCCGGAGUCCAAGCACGCCCAUGAGAAGUCCGCUGUGGGGUAGCCGAAGUCCUGUGCAAAGGAGGUGGGCAGGGAGAGCGAGUAAGAGUAGAUCUCCGCGGAGAUGGCGCAGACGAAGCAUUAGUUGGAGGUAUGAUUUCUCUUCCUGUUUCGGACUCGAAAUCGGCAAUGAAUGCAUGCGCUUGGUUUUGGGCAUUAUUGUUUCGUGAUUUUUCUCCGUUUUGUUUUCAAGCGAGCGUUCGUGUGCAACAAACAAUUAAUCAAAGC